AGGCAAACCAAAACAAUUACCUCGCUGUGCCGGUAGAUUGUGAAAUUGGUGCUCUAUUGUGGAAAAAUAAAUCCUUCUCGCCGCACGAUGGACGAUGGAAUAUGCCAUAUAAAGCCAGAAUACAUCAUACCGCGCAGUGUAGAAAAGCCGGUAGAAAACGUGGACCCUGUUCCACCUGUGGAAAAGAACAGCGGUACGGCAAUCACCACAGAUAACGAAACCAACGGUAGCAACACAAACGAUACCACCGGGCCACCGGAAAAGAAAGGUCGCUUCGAGGGCGGUGAAGGCCAAGAAGGCAAAAAGAAGAAAAAUCGUGGACAAAACAAAUCACGCACGGUACCGUUCAAGGAGGAAGAUGCGCUCAGGCUGUGCAAAUCGUUGCUCGAUGGAAAUAUGGGGGAAAAUGCAACCAAAAAGUGUACCAACGCAAAUUGUCGCUUUUCGCACGAUUUGGACAAGUUUUUACAGCUCAAACCGAAAGAUAUCGAUGGCACGUGUUACAUCUACACGACGAAGGGUUACUGUAGCUUCGGUGUAACGUGCCGGUUUGCUGGGGCGCAUCUGGAUGAGCAAAGUAGAAACAUUUAUCCUGACGAUUAUAAGCACGAUAAUGCGAUGCUUGUUUCGACGUGGCUGAAUACGGAUCUUCAGCACACGCUUCGAAAAAGAAAGUAUAAUUUUAGCCCAUCGAACCGGAUAGUAAGUAAGUUUGAGCGUCUUCAAAGCGAGACCAAAAAAGAAAAAGCUGAUGCGGCGAAUGAUCCGUCGGAAGUAAGCAACAAACCGGCGGGUUCCGUUACGGAUGAGGACAUGAUAAAGCUACGGAGUGCCGAACGCAAGCGUAUCGUGUUCCGCGACAAACUGUACCUUAGUCCGCUGACCACGGUUGGUAAUCUGCCGUUUCGGCGCAUUUGCAAAGAGUAUGGCGUAGAUAUAACGUGCGGUGAGAUGGCCUGUGCCAUACCAAUCAUAAACGGUGCAACCCAGGAGUGGGCCCUUACAAAGCGCCAUUCGAGUGAGGAUCUGUUCGGUGUGCAGCUGUGCGGUCACAGUUCGAAGCUGGUCACCUGUGCCGCACAAAUUAUUGCAGAAAAAGCGGACGUUGAUUUUAUCGAUCUAAAUACGGGCUGCCCGAUCGAUCUGAUUUUCAACCAGGGCGGUGGUAGUGCGCUGCUACGCCGCCAGAACGUGUUGCAGGUGAUGGUGCAGAGCUGUGCACGGGUGUUGGCUGACUAUGGGAAAGAAUUUACCGUGAAGACACGUAUCGGCAUCUAUAACAAUAAGCUAAUUGCUCACGAAAUGGUACCAAAGUUUGAAAGUUGGGGUGCCAGUUUGAUUACGAUUCAUGGCCGCACCAAGGAACAGCGGUACACGAAGCGGGCCGACUGGGAAUAUCUGCAAGAAUGUGCCAGCCAGGCACAAUCGGUUCCGGUGUUUGGUAAUGGAGAUAUAUUUUGCUACGAUGAUUAUGAAACGAUUCGCUCCAAGUGUCCGAGCGUGGCAGGUGUGAUGGUUGGCCGUGGAGCGCUUAUAAAGCCGUGGGUGUUUCAAGAGAUUAAGGAACGGAAAACGCUCGACCCAUCCAGUGGGGAACGGUUUGAGAUGUUGAAACGGUACGUUAACUAUGGACUAGAACACUGGGGCAGCGAUACAAAGGGUGUAGAGACGACGAGACGCUUUCUGCUCGAGUGGCAAUCGUUUCUGUAUCGGUAUGUACCAUACGGAUUGCUGGAAAGACCGCCACAACGCAUUAACGAGCGACCGGAAGCGUAUCGCGGUAGGGAUGAUUUGGAAACUCUGAUGGCAUCGGGGAAUUGUAACGAUUGGGUGAAAUUGAGUGAAAUGUUACUUGGACCCGUGCCGGAAGGGUUCAAUUUCGUCCCAAAACACAAAGCCAACGCCUACUGAAAAUACAC